AUUUUUUCCUUUUUCCUCUGCUGCCUUUUUUUUUCGUGUUGUCAAAAAAAAAAAACCAUGAAUAUUACUGCGGCAGUCUCCCAUCUAUCAAACCGAUGGUUGCCAUCCAUCGACGUUUGGUCCUACGAGAUCAUGGCCUUAUGGGUUCCUAUUGCCGUCUAUUGGGUUCAGUGUACUGUGUUUGAGCUGCUGAUGCGUGCCGAAAUUCCCUUUUUUGAAAAGUAUCGUAUCCAUACAUCUGAAGAGCGCACCAAGCGGAACAAGGUGUCAUUCACGAGAGUGCUAGUUAUGGUGGCAUUUCAGCAAACCAUCCAAAUGAUGCUUGGAUACAUGCUGAUGAAACCUGUGGAUCCCAAAAUCAAGGCCUAUGAAGAUCAAGUAGCCUUGAAUCACCUGACGGGCCAGAUGCUAAGCAUCAUUACUUAUUUUACCAACUCCCCCUACGCCGUUCAGUGGGCAUCCUCCCUUGCUUGGUUAACUCAAUGGGUGGCUAUUCCUGCUUUGAAGUUUCUUGCUGGCAUGGUGAUCAUGGAUACUCAUCAGUACAUCUUGCAUCGUAUGGCGCAUCAAUACACAUUUUUGUACAAGAACUUUCACUCGCACCAUCAUCGGCUGUAUGUCCCGUACGCUUUUGGCGCUCUCUACAAUCAUCCUGUGGAAGGAUUUUGUUUGGAUACGGUGGGAGGUGCAUUAUCGUUUGAAUUGACACGCAUGUCGCCUUUUCUUGGCAUGUGCUUUUUCACCUUUUCAAAUUUGAAAACAAUCAACGAUCACUGUGGCUAUGCUUUUCCCUGGGAUCCUUUGAAUGUGUGUUUUGGCAAUAACGUGGUGUACCAUGAUAUUCAUCAUCAGCCCUAUGGCAUCAAGAAGAAUUUCAGCCAACCCUUCUUCACUUUCUGGGACAAGUUGCUCGGAUCGCAUUAUGAUGGACCUCACAAAGUGACCAAGUCCAACUAAAAUGCUUUAUUAUUCAUUUCGUCUCUUUCCAUGUAUUUCCCUUUAAUCUAAUUACAUUUCUCGCUUGUUGAGCUACAUCUUUACUCCCUCCCUCCUCUUGACUGUGUUUCUUUUCAUAUAUUUUUUAUUUCCAGUUAUCAUGUCUAGUCUACAAUAGUCAUCUGCACCGCUUUUACUUCCCAAAAAGUGGCAUACUUUUGGUUUUUUUUACUUUUUGGAAUUUAUAUUUUAUUUGAACACAAUACAACCAGAAAUAUUAAAUCAUUCAUCUCCUGC